AUGAGAAACUUCUCUACUAAAUUCCAUCCUUAUAGUCACCUCCACCAUACACGAGAAUCUCAGAACCAAGAAAGAAGAAAGGAAAAUGAAGCCAUAGGGGAAGAACAAGAGCAAGAAGAAGAAAGAGCCAGAUGUGAAUGGGAUUUCAGUCUCUCCACGACAGUUUCUUCAAGCAACAACAACAGCGCAGCCAUAUCAGAUGCUUUAGGGGUCAUCGAAUUCGACCAGACGAAUACCACCAUUGCCACUGGUGGAAUAGCAAGAAAGAUAAGAAUUUAUAGCCUCGAGUCUUUGUUACCACAGGAAUCUAGUAGCCAAAAUGCGCAUGAUAUCAUUUUCUUAGACCAUGCUAGGGCAUGCGACUAUUACAUCUGUACCCCAGCUAAGCUUAGCAGCAUCAGAUGGAAACCCGGGUCCGACGGGAGGGUUCUGGCUGCCGGAGACUACGACGGGGUGGUAACGGAAUAUAAUCUCGAGAGGAGAAUACCAAUCUUCGAACGUGACGAACAUGGCGGCCGGAAGGUUUGGAGCGUGGACUAUUCGCAUUGGGAUCCUAUUUUGGGUGCAUCCGGGUCGGAUGAUGGAAACAUGCAACUGUGGGACACACGUUGUGAGAGUGAGGAAUGUGUGGCCACGGUUCAGCCUAGCGUGGGACGCAGUGCUGUUUGUUGCGUUGAGUUUAAUCCAUUUGGUGGACCAAUAGUGGCGGUCGGAUGCGCCGACCAGAAGGCAUACGGGUACGAUAUCCGAAUGAUGGUUGACCCGGUAUUUGUUCUGAAUGGGCAUAGGAAGACCGUGACAUACAUUAAAUUUCUUGAUAAUGUUACGUUAGUGUCUUCUAGCAUAGAUGGAUGCCUGAAGCUAUGGAAUUCCGAUAAUGCGAACGUGAUUCGGACGUAUAAGGGGCAUGUCAACCACCGGAACUUCAUCGGAUUAUCGGUAUGGAAGAAUGGUGGGUUAUUAGGGUGUGGCUCAGAGAACAAUAAGGUGUUCGUGUAUGACAAAAGAUGGGGUGAACCCAUAUGGGUUCAUGAGUCUGACCCAAUGGCUAGAGAUGGGUGCGAUGGUGGGUUCGUUAGUAGCGUGUGCUGGCGGCAAGUUGGGGAAGACCGAUGCACACUUGUGACAGGAGGAUCCGAUGGGGUCUUGCAAGUGUUUCGAGGCAAAAGGAAGUCACAGACCGAACUAUAA